UUCUGGAGCUGGACAUGUAAUCGGAUUUGAACAUGGCGUUCUUCUUCUUCACUACAAUCUUCUGCUCCCUGCUUCACUCCAUCUCCUUACUGAGUUUAACAGUUGGAGCUGUUAACGACAACAAACUUAUUUCUAAUCAAACUCUUGUUAUUGGGCAGACUUUGGUUUCUCAAAACCAAGUUUUUGAAAUGGGUUUUUUCUCACCUGGAAAAUCUCUAAAUAGAUUCUUGGGAAUAUGGUACACGAGCACACCAGAAGUUGUAGUCUGGGUUGCAAACAGAAACGAUCCCAUCACUGCCUCACAUGCACCACUUUUCAUGCUUUCCAGAAAUGGGAGUCUUGUUAUAAGCAAUGGCAAAAGCAUUAUCUGGUCCGCGAGUUCAUCCGGGGUAGCAAGAAAUCCAGUUUUACAGCUGCUGGAUUCUGGAAACUUGGUUGUUGUAGACAACACAAUGGAAGGCUACCUAUGGCAGAGCUUUGGUUAUCCAACUGACACCUUCUUGCAGGGGAUGAAAUUGGUCGAUGAUGCAGAUUCAGGUGUGGAGAGAUAUUUGACAUCAUGGAGAAAUGCUGAUGACCCUUCUCCUGGGGAGUUCAUACUCAGGAUCGAAAACAAGGGCUUGCCUGACAUGGUAACUCGAAGAGGGACGGUGAAAGUAUACCGAAUGGGAAAGUGGAAUGGGUUAUAUUUUGGUGGUGGUCCACGCUUACCCAAUGCCAUGUACAAAUUUUUUCCCGUUUUCAGACAAGAGAGGCUGAUAUCUGCAGAAGAGCCCUACGACAGCACGGCUGUCGUAAGAGUAACACUAGAUCCAUCAGGUACAAUCAUGCGCCAUACGCUGAAUGCCCAAAAAAACAAAUGGAAUCGUGCAUUCACAUUUCCUCAAGAUACAUGCGAUGAAUAUGGUAUUUGUGGUCCUAAUAGUAUUUGCAAAUCUAGGACUGACAGCCCAGUUAGAUGCCAGUGUUUCAAGGGAUUUGCCCCUAAGUUUCAAAAUUAUUGGGACCUUCAAGAUUGGUCGGGUGGAUGCACUAGAACUACACCAUUGAAUUGCCAUGGUGAAGAUGGAUUUCUAGAGGUUAGAGGGGUGAAAUAUCCUGACAUGUUGAGUUUUUGGUUGAACAGAAGUAUGAGCCUUGAUGAGUGCAAAGCUGAGUGCUUUAAAAAUUGUAAUUGCACUGCUUAUGCUAAUCCGUUCAUUACUAAUGGAGGUAGUGGCUGCUUGAUGUGGUUCACUGAACUCAUUGAUACCAAAGAACUUUCUGCAGCAGAUAGCAAGCAGAAUAUCUACAUCCGCGUGCCAGUUUCUGAACUAGAUUCUAGCACGGGUUUAGAGGCGGAGGAGGAGGAGAAGAAAAGGCCUAUGAAAUUAAUACUGUUAUCAAUUGCUUCUGGUGUUCUCAUCUCAGCUUUUAUCAAUGGAGGUGUAUUUUUAAUGGCAAGACUAAAGAAGCGAGAAGUGAAAAUGAAUAAUGAGGAUCUAGAAUUACCUGUGAUCAAAAUGGCUACUAUUAUGCAAGCAACAAAUAAUUUCUCCACGGAAAACAUGAUUGGAGUUGGAGGAUUCGGUCCUGUUUACAAGGGGAACAUGCCAUCUGGAGAAGAAAUCGCAGUCAAAAGAUUAUCCAGAUGCUCACAUCAGGGUCUCGAAGAGUUCAGAAACGAAGUUAUGGUGAUUGCAAACCUUCAACAUAGAAACCUCGUUAGACUUUUGGGAUGUUGCAUUGAAGAAGAGGAAAGGAUGUUAAUCUAUGAAUACCUGCAGAAUAAAAGUCUUGAUCUUUCUCUUGUUGAUCAAUAUCGGAGAACACAGUUGACAUGGCCUAAGCGUUAUGAAAUUAUCAUGGGAAUCGCCAGGGGACUGUUAUAUCUCCAUCAUGAUUCAAGAUUAAAGAUUAUUCAUAGGGAUCUCAAAACGAGCAAUAUUUUACUAGACGGGAAUUUAAGUCCAAAGAUAUCAGAUUUCGGCUUGGCAAGAAUAUUUGAAGAGGAUCAAUCUCUUGCUAGAACAAAAAGAGUUAUUGGGACAUAUGGAUAUAUGGCUCCCGAAUAUGCAAUCGAUGGAAAAUUCUCUGUGAAAUCUGACAUCUUCAGUCUUGGAGUGGUUUUGUUGGAGAUAAUAAGCGGAAAAAAGAACAGAGGAUAUGGACACUCGGAUCACUAUCUUAACCUCUUGGGCCAUGUAUACUAAUACUUUAGUGUCAUUUUUGCGUUCUCUUUGGUUGUAAAUUUAUCAUGGAAAAAUGAAUGAUAAACAAAAUUUCACC